UCAGGGCUGGUGACAACUCUAAAAUGUCUAGAUUGCAGUCUCAGGCCUCAGUACAGGACACGUAUUGUUGGAGGUAACAUCACGAAACAAGGCCAGUUCCCCUGGCAAGUUAGCCUCCAUUUUAGGAAUGAACACCUGUGUGGAGGCUCCAUCAUAUCACCAUACUGGGUCAUCACUGCAGCACAUUGUGUGUAUGGGUUUGUAAACUCCUCCAUGUGGGCGGUCUAUGUGGGACUGACAGAGCAGCCGCUUCACGGGGCCCAGGCUUUGGCUGUUGAGAAAAUCGUAUACCAUAAUCGUUACCGACAAAAAGGACUCGACUAUGACAUCGCACUGAUGAAACUGGCCAAGCAACUUGAAGUUAAUGGCUCUGUGCAGCCCAUCUGCCUGCCCAGCCAUGGAGAGGAGUUUAAGGAGGGCACCUUGUGCUGGAUCUCUGGUUGGGGUGCAACAGAGGAAGAUGGAGACACUAGUGUUGUUCUGCGCUCAGCUGUGGUACCACUUAUCUCCAACCAGAACUGCAACAAACCAGAGGUUUACAAGGGCUUAAUCUCCUCCUGGAUGAUCUGUGCAGGAUACCUGGAAGGUGGAAUUGACUCCUGUCAGGGGGACAGCGGCGGUCCGCUUGCCUGUGAGGACUCGUCUGUGUGGAAGCUAGUGGGAGCAACCAGUUGGGGCAUUGGCUGUGCUCACAUAAACAAGCCGGGCGUUUACACCCGCAUCACACUCGCUCUCAGCUGGAUCCACAAACAGAUGGAGAAAGAAGAGGCUCUGAAAACAGGAAACUGAAUCCCCCCACAGUGACUUCUCACCGGACUAUCCACAUGUCUCCACAUUUGGCAACAAGUACCUGUAGAGAC